UGCUUUCUACCCCUGAGUCUCUGUGUGUGAAUGUGUUUGCUUUCUGCUCGUAUAGUACAUGGAUCUUGGCAAAUAAAGCAACAUGGCUCAUCUUUCUCUCUCUCUCUCUCUCUCUCUCUCUCUCAUACGUUUCCACUGCUCAUGUUCUGCAAACCCAUGAAAAGCACAAAGUAGGAGAUUGUAAGUUUUUUUAAUUUAAAAAAAAAGAAAGAAAAAGGAUUUAACUAAGCAGAGUGAAAGAGAGAGAGAAAGAACGUACUGUUGCUUUAAAGCAACAAAGUGAAAGAGAGAGAGAAAGAGCAGCAAUUAAGGGGAAGGGGAGAGGGGAGGGCCCAAACCACCCCCAAUAAAGAAACGAAAAGAAAAGGGUUAAAAUAAAGUUAGGACGUUGAGGAAAUCCAAAAAGACGAAAAUGGUGGGAAUCUUUCUUUCUACUGUGCAAACCAUCCCACACCGCCACCUCUCUCUCUCUCUCCCCCUACAAUACAAGGCUACUUACUACUCCUACUCCUACUUUUCAUUCCCUCAGCUCUCUUUUCUAUCUUUCCCUUCUCUCUCUCUCUCUCUCUCUCUCUCUCUCUCUCUCUCACACACACACACACAAAAUUUCUCUGCCUCUUUCUGGCAUAUGCAACAACAACAACACUACUAUGAACAACAUCUCUAUGGGAUUUUCAUGUGGGGAUGAUUUUGAAGGAGAGGAAAGUGAAGUUGCUCUUUUAGAUGAAACGAGGGAGAAGCAGCAACACAGCAGCUGGGGGUGUGGUAUGGAAGCUCCUCAUAAUCAUGUGCAGCUUGAAGUCGACUUCCAGUUCUGGCCAGUAGAACAUCCUUUGGAGCCACCCGAUGAAGAUCGCCCUGUCAAAUGCCCCAUGCCCGACUCUUCUGUUAUCAAUAUUGAUAUUGUCUCAUGUAAAAUGCAUUUACAGGAUGGAGGAAGGCAGGAGAAAAGGUCGUCAGAGAGCAGCGCCAUGCGUAAGAGAACAGAAGUAUCAUCUGCUGCUGCAGCAACUUAUAGCAAACCAAGAACGGAUCAGAUGGUGGUGGCAGUGGCAGAGCCGCCUCCAGCUGUUCGAGCAGUGCGUAAGAGGCAUCACAACACUCUCACCCGCGGCGACCAUAUGAUAUCACCGCUAAGGCGAAUGCCACCCAUUCCUUCUCUCCCAACCCAGAGCAUUACCAUCUUUCAAAUGCUUCAGCAGUUAGACAAGUUCGAGUCUUGAUUGACAACCUAUUAUUGAUUAUUGAUUACUGGGUGAUGAGAAAAUGGUCCUGAAUCUUGAUCACAUAUAUUGUAGCUGAUAUAGAAAGCUGAAAUGUAGCAUGGACCUUUUCUACUUUCAUUGGCGUAUGUUCAGAUUCUAUUUCUUGUUACCUAGGCAAUUACACUAAGCAUUUGCUUCA